AUAAACACACCCCGGAAGUUUACAUGUUUAAAUUUUUAAAAUAAACUAAUGCGCUAAACCCAGCACAAUAAUUUAUAUUAGUUCAUAUUUUUUAAUUGAAAUACACUAACGUGUUACGACGGAAAUGCGUUGUUACCUCAAAAUAGCAUUUAGAAGUAUAUUUUUACGUUAACGUAAACUUCUGCACUUCAGAUGAGCUUGUUUUUAUUCCUCAGGUUCCGCCUCUUGUUUUGCUCCCUUCCCUUAUUUGAUCAAUCUAUGAACACGUAGUUGUUUGGAUCCGCUGCGAAGAGAACCUGCGCAGUCUUUGUCAUGUCCAAGACUACCCGACGGUAUAUGCCCCCGCGGCAGGGGAACGACUGUGACCGGCUGACAAGGCCCCGUCCCCAACUGCUACUGCUGCUGCUGUUCCUCCUCGGGGCGCUGGUGGUGGUCCUGGUUCUCGGGUUCUACGUGUCCAACGUCUCCGACGGGAACAGCGUGUCUGCUGCAGAUCUGACCAAAGACAAGCGGUCUCAAUAUCACAAACACACGAAGUACUCUUCGACUCAAGUGCAGCGCUUAGCCUCCCAAGUGGAUGGAAAUCGGUUGUGGGAAGCUCAUCUGAGGCCCAUCCUGAUAGAGAGGCUGCCUGGGUCGAAAGGCAGCCUGGUUGUACGGCAGCAUAUUACCUCCACGUUGUCCUUGCUGUCCGCCGGCUGGGACUUAGACCUGGACACCUUCACGGCCGCCACGCCAAAAGGGAUGGUCACGUUCACAAAUAUCAUUGCCAUUCUGGACCCUUCGGCCCCUCGCAGGCUGCUGCUGACGUGUCAUUACGACUCCAAAGCGCUACCUCCACACAGCCGGAACCCGGGGAGAGUCUUUAUUGGGGCUAGCGACUCAGCGGUGCCCUGCGCUAUGAUUUUGGAGUUGGCCACCGUGCUGGAUAAACAACUCAAGUCCUUCAAACAACAAAAGCCUCCUAUAACUCUGCAGCUCGUCUUUUUCGACGGGGAAGAGGCAUUUGGGCAAUGGACGGCCACAGACUCGCUUUACGGCUCCCGUCACCUGGCUCAACGUAUGGCCGCCACGCUCCACCCUGACGACAACUCAGAAACUACUCUGUUGCAAUCUGUGGAACUCUUUGUGCUGCUGGACCUUCUGGGUCCUCCUGAUCCACUGAUAGUAAACCACUUUGACAACACGGCACGCUGGUUCGACCAACUGAUGGCAGCGGAGAAGCGCCUCCAUCGUCAGGGUCUCCUGAAGUCGCACCCGUCAGAGCACUCAUACUUCAGGAAGGACAGGAGCUUCGGAAGGGUUGAGGACGAUCAUGUCCCCUUUCUUCGUAGAGGCGUCCCGGUACUUCACGUCAUCGCAACGCCCUUCCCGCAUGUGUGGCACACGUUCGACGACACCGAGGAGAACAUGCAUCGGCCUACGGUGGAGAAUUUGACCAAGAUCUUGGCAUUGUUCCUGGCCGAGUAUCUUGGGUUGUGAGGCCAGGACAAGAACGUUUUCAGGAUGACCUUAUCAGCACCAUUUGCACUUCAGUGGAGAGAGACUGGACACCAGCUGAGCUAAACCAAAGAUCUCCUCCACUGUGCUGUCUCCUAGGUCAAGUAUUGCACCUACUACCUAAUGUUUCCGCAGCUCAAGGAAAAUGUGAAUUACAUUUAUUUUUUAGAAGCCUUUAGAAUAGAUGCCGAAAUUUUCAAUUUUAGUCUGUCAAAACACUGAAAAAAAUAUUGUAGCAAAUAUAAAUAAGAAACUAUGAAAAUAGUGCAAUUUCUUAGAUUUAAUGUGCUUAUAUCUGACGUUCUUCUGAGUAAAUAUGUCACAGCCAGAAAUUUAUAGGAAACAUUGGAUUAUACAAGGUUCUCAAAAGUAACUUGGGGAUGAGUCUGAGGUCAUCAGCAUUUUUAUUGUAAACCUAGCAAAACUGACACCCCGCAACAAAUUUACAGUGGGGCAAAUAACUAUUUAGUCAGCCACCAAUUUUGCAAGUUCUCCUACUUGAAAAGAUUAGAGAGGCCUGUAAUUGUCAACAUGAGUAAACCUCAACCAUGAGAGAAUGUGGAAAAAAAACAGAAAAGGACAUUGUUUGAUUUUUAAAGAAUUUAUCUCCAAAUUAGAGUGGAAAAUAAGUAUUUGGUCACCUACAAACAAGCAAGAUUUCUGGCUGUCAAAGAGGUUUAACUUCUUCUAACGAGGUCUAACGAGGCUCCACUCGUUACCUGUAUUAAUGGCACCUGUUUUAACUCAAUAUCGGUAUAAAAGACACCUGUCCACAAUCUCAGUCAGUCACACUCCAAACUCCACUAUGGCCAAGACCAAAGAGCGUUCGAAGAACACCAGAGACAAAAUUGUAGACCUGCACCAGGCUGGGAAGACUGAAUCUGCAAUAGGUAAAACGCUUGGUGUAAAGAACUCAACUGUGGGAGCAAUUAUUAGAAAAUGGAAGACAUACAAGACCACUGAUAAUUUCCCUCGAUCUGGGGCUCCAUGCAAGAUCUCACCCCGUGGCGUCCAAAUGAUAACAAGAAUGGUGAGUACAAAUCCCAGAACACACGGGGGAACCUAGUGAAUGACCUACAGAGAGCUGGGACCACAGUAACAAAGCCUACUAUCAGUAACACAGUGUGCCGCUAGGGACUCAAAUCCUGCACUGCCAGACGUGUCCCCCUGCUGAAGCCAGUACACGUCCAGGCCCGUCUGCGGUUUGCUAGAGAGCAUUUAGAUGAUCCAGAAGAGGACUGGGAGAAUGUGUUGUGGUCAGAUGAAACCAAAAUAGAACUUUUUGGUAGAAACACAGAUUCUCGUGUUUGGAGGAGAAAGAAAACUGAAUUGCAUCCGAAGAACACCAUACCCACUGUGAAGCAUGCGGGUGGAAACAUCAUGCUUUGGGGCUGUUUUUCUGCAAAGGGACCAGGACGACUGAUCUGUGUAAAGGAAAGAAUGAAUGGGGCCAACUAUCGAGAGAUUUUGAGUGAAAAUCUCCUCCCAUCAGCAAAGGUAUUGAAGAUGAGACGUGGCUGGGUCUUUCAGCAUGACAAUGAUCCCAAACACACAGCCAGGGCAACAAAGGAGUGGCUUCGUAAGAAGCAUUUCAAGGUCCUAGAGUGGCCUAGCCAGUCUCCAGAUCUCAACCCCAUAGAAAAUAUGUGGAGGGAGUUGAAAGUCAGUGUUGCCCAAUGACAGCCCCAAAACAACACAGCUCUAGAGGAGAUCUGCAUGGAGGAAUGGGCCAAAAUACCACUAACAGUGUGUGUAAAGCUUGUGAAGAGUUACAGAAAACGUUUGGCCUCCGUUAUUGCCAACAAAGGGUACAUAACAAAGUAUUGAGAUUAACUUUUGGUAUAUACCAAGUACUUAUUUUUCACCUUGAUUUGCAAAUAAAUUCUUUAAAAAUCAAACAAUGUGAUUUUCUGUUUUUUUUUUUUUGUUUGUUUUUUUUUC